AACCAGAGGAUAGAGCUUUCUUCGUUUAGAUCACGAAAUCUCCCCAAAACGAAAAUGAAACUUCUUCUAGUUCUGGCAGUGGCAGUCUUCAUAGCCCACGUGGCUGUGGCCUCUGACGAUGAAGACUACUCCUACGAGUACGGUGAUGACAGCGAUACUACAGAUAACUCGGAAGACAGCUCUUCAGACUCUGGAGACAGCUCUGCAGACUCUGAAGACAGUACUGGCAGCAGCACGGACGUCGAUAGUGGCAACGACUCUGAGGACGACUACGGUUCCGAUGACGACUAUGCGGCUUCUAGCGAAGCUACUGAUGCACCAACUGCUGCUCCAGUAGCCAAGAAGAUUAAGAGGGCUGGAGCCAGGAAGAACAACCAGAACAAGAAGAAUAAGGCAGGUGCUAAACGUCGCAGUGCCCCCGCUGCCAAGAAAAAUAAUAAGAAGAAAGUGGCUAAGAAGCAAACACCUGUUGCCGCCAAGAAGCGGACAAAUGGUGCGGCCAACAAACGCAGGCGCUCUAGAUAA